UACGAAGAAAAACAUUACAAAUAAGCUGGGUUUAAAUGCUCUUUGCGAUCAGUUUUAAUAACAUUUUAGAUUUUGACUAUCCCCUGGAAAUCUCUAUACCUUUCCAACCCCCAAAUAUAGGAGACUACAACCUAUUCUCACACCCUAUCAAGUAUAAAGGCUUAAACGAAAAUCGUUACUGUGUUGAAUGUUAACUUCACAGAGGCUUAUUCCAUUUUUCUCAUCUCAUUCCAGAAACUUGAUCUUCUUCUUUCCCUUUCAUCUCCACCAUAAUUUGUCAACGUCUCGCUCUCUUCAGUGUACUGCUUCCGUCUCUUCAAUCAUGCCGCGCAAUAAGGGAAGGGGUGGAAAGAGUAAGGUGGAAAUGUGGAAAGUAAAGUCCACUUCUGGUGGAUCAUCAAUGUCUGAUACAGAAUCCACCAUUGACAGUUUUAGUAGGGUAAGCUUGACAGAGCCGAAUGGACAGUCUGUCCAAAAUGUGAUUGCAGUGCCUACUCAGAAGGAGGUUUGGAAGCCUAAAUCUUCAAUAACAACUAGUGUUGUUGGAACUGCUCCUGUCUACGAAGUCAAGACAAAGGAAGUUGAUUCUGCUAGAAGUGAUAAGACCAACAUUCCUCUUAGUGCAUUAUUCAACUCGAAAAUGUAUGAUAAUUUCACUGUUGACAACACUACUUAUGCACAUGCCAAAAUAAGAGCGACAUUCUAUCCAAAAUUCGAAAAUGAAAAGUCUGAUCAGGAGAUAAGGACAAGGAUGAUUGAAAUGGUUUCUAAUGGCAUUGCCACCUUGGAGGUAUCUCUUAAGCACUCAGGGUCACUUUUUAUGUAUGCGGGACAUGAGGGUGGAGCAUAUGCAAAGAAUAGCUUUGGAAAUAUAUACACUGCAGUUGGUGUUUUUGUUCUUGGAAGGAUGUUUCGAGAGGCUUGGGGUACUCAGGCAAGCAAAAAGCAGGAAGAAUUCAACGACUUUCUUGAGAAAAAUCGAAUGUGCAUAUCAAUGGAACUGGUAACUGCUGUCUUGGGUGAUCAUGGCCAGCGUCCGCUUGAUGAUUAUGCUGUGGUGACUGCUGUCACAGAAUUGGGAAACGGUAAACCAAAGUUUUAUUCUACUCCUGAAGUAAUUGCUUUGUGUCGAAAAUGGAGGCUUCCAACGAACCAUAUUUGGCUGUUCUCUACAAGGAAGUCGGUUACAUCAUUUUUUGCCGCAUUUGAUGCAUUAUGUGAAGAAGGAACAACAACUCUUGUAUGCAAGGCAUUGGAUGAAGUGGCAGAUAUCUCUAUACCAGGAACAAAAGACCACUUAAAGGUGCAAGGUGAAAUUCUUGAAGGUUUAGUUGCUCGUGUUGUAAGCCCAGAAAGUUCAAAAUAUUUGCAGGAGGUUUUGCUGGAUUGUUCUCCUCCGCCAGCGGAAGGGGCUCAUCUGGACUUGGGACCAACAUUGCGGGAAAUUUGUGCUGCAAAAAGGACUGAUGAGAAGCAGCAAAUUAGAGCUCUUCUUGAAGAAGUUGGUUCCUCCUUUUGCCCCAAUUUUGUAGAUUGGUUGGGGAAAGAGGCAGGUGAUUUUCAUUCCAGGAUUCCUGAUAAAUCAAUACUUACAAAGUUUUUGCAAGCUCAGCCAGCUGACUAUUCAACUAAAAAGCUGCAGGAAAUGAUUCGUGCGAUGAAAGAAAAACGGCUCCCAGCUGCCUUCAAAUGUUACUUUAAUUUUCACAAGGCUGAUACCAUGACAAAUGACAAUUUAUAUUACAAAAUGGUCAUUCAUGUCCACAGUGAUUCUGCGUUUAGGAGAUACCAGAAAGAAAUGAGGCACCAUCCUGGUUUAUGGCCAUUAUAUAGAGGAUUUUUUGUUGACGUAAAUUUAUACAAAGAAAGCAAGCAGAGAGCUGCAGACAUUGGCAAAAUCAUGAUUGACGCCAAUAAAGACAAGGAUAAUGCAUCUGGAGCAGAUUCACUUGCUGAUGAAGAUGCCAACUUAAUGGUUAAAUUGAAAUUUCUCACAUACAAGUUACGAACUUUCCUGAUACGAAAUGGAUUAUCAAUUCUAUUUAAAGAUGGUCCUGCGGCUUAUAAGGCGUAUUAUUUGAGACAAAUGAAAAACUGGGGCACCUCUGCAGCAAAGCAAAAGGAAUUAAGCAAAAUGCUAGAUGAAUGGGCUGUUUACAUAAGACGGAAGUGUGGCCACAAACAGCUGAGAUCUGAUAUUUACCUGAGUGAGGCUGAACCUUUCCUUGAACAAUAUGCCAAACGGAGUCCUGCAAAUCAAGCACUCAUAGGCACAGCUGGAAAUUUGGUGAGGUCUGAAGAUUUUAUGGCUAUUGUUGGAGCUGUCGAUGAAGAGGGUGAUCUUGAGAAAGUAUGUGAGAUGGAUCCCCUUACAUCAUCUCCUAGCACCAAAGAAGCUGUGAGGAAAGAAGGCCUUAUCGUGUUCUUCCCAGGAAUACCAGGUUGUGCGAAGUCUGCACUUUGUCGGGAAUUACUUAAUGCUUCGAGUGCUUAUGGAGAUGGUCGUCUUGUCCAAAGUUUGAUGGGUGAUCUUACAAAAGGUCGAUAUUGGCAAAAAGUUGCAGAACAAUGCAGAAGGAAGCCUGAUUGCAUCAUGCUUGCAGAUAAAAAUGCACCAAAUGAGGAAGUAUGGAAGCAGAUUGAAGACAUGUCUCGAUCUAAUAGGGCAUUGGCUGUUCCAGUUGUACCUGAUUCUGAAGGCACAGAUUCAAAUCCAUUUUCUUUGGAUGCAUUAUCGGUAUUUAUGCUUCGGGUGCUUCAACGUGUGAAUCACCCAGGUAAUCUCGACAAGUCAUCUCCUAAUGCAGGUUAUGUGCUGCUUAUGUUUUACCAUCUUUAUGAAGGCAAGAGCCGCAAAGAAUUUGAAGCCGAAUUAAUUGAACGCUUUGAUUCGUUGGUGAAGAUGCCUUUGCUCAAAGCUGAAAGGGCAUCUCUUCCUGAUGCUGUGAAAGCUGUGCUGGAGGAAGGGAUCAACCUAUACAGGCUACAUACGAUGCGUCAUGGAAGAAUGGAAUCAUCUAAAGGGUCUUUUGCAAAAGAGUGGUCUGUUUGGGAGAAGCAUUUGCGAGAAACUUUAUUGAGAAACUCUGAGUUGCUAAACUCUAUUCAGGUUCCGUUUGAGAAUGCGGUAAAGAGUGUGAUGGAGCAACUGAAAAAAGUAGCAGAAGGUGAUUAUGUACCCACUAGCACCGAAAAGAGGCAGCUUGGAGCAAUUGUUUAUGCUGGUGUAAGUUUGCCCAUUUCUGAAAUCCAUGGUCUCCUUAAUGAUAUUGCUGUGCACAAUUCCCAAGUUGGAGCUUUCUUCAAUGACAAGAACUUGUCCGACACCCUCAAGAAGGCUCACGUCACUCUGGCUCACAAGAGAAGCCAUGGUGUCAUAGCAGUGGCUAACUAUGCUCAAUUUGUUAGUCGCAUGGUUGAUGUUGAGUUGACUGCUUUGUUGAUGUCUGAUAAUUUGGCUGCGAUGGAGACACGCCUUGGCUCAGUGGAUGGUGAAAAGAUUGAUUGCUUAAAUGAAUGGCCUCACGUAACUUUGUGGACAGCAUCAGGUGUUGCUGCCAAAAAAGCAAGUACUUUGCCUCUGUUAGUGUCACAGGGGAAGGCUACUCGCAUUGAAUUUGAUCCACCUGUUGUUAUAACGGGUGAAGUGCAGUUUUUUUAGGUUAUUAUCCUCUGUACAUUUUGGUUAGAAACAACGAUGUGCUUUAAAUUUUUGUUCUUUGAAUUUAUCUGUGAAUAUGCGGCUUACAAAUCUACUAAAUGUUGGGACUAGAUGAAAUUUUUGUAGGGCUGUAAAUUUAGUACUUAUUAGAAUUGAGAAAUAGAAACAGGCUAGAUAGAUCACUUAAAGACCCUUAUAACAUAAGCCUUUAUGUCACUUUGAAACUCUUUUUUUUCUUCACCGAGCUUAAUAAUGAUAUUCGAAGAUUUCUUUUUAUUCAUUGAGCUUGAUAAUGAUAUUCUUAUGUUAUUUUGUGCCUCUCGGAUCCACCCACCAAAAGUAACUGCAAUCUUAUGCUUCAUCAUUGUAGAAUGAACAUGCCACAAAAUGACUAUCUGAAUCAAAUUGAUUCAAAUCCAAUGAUAUCAAAGAUGUGUCGACCAAAUAACAAAUAAAUAACAUUAGAUCGAAUAAUUUAAUACAUUUACAUUUGAAUAUGCAAAAUAAAGAACUAAUUCAUAGAUAUAGGAGUUGAAGUUAUAUACCUCAACUUAGCUUUUGAUGAUCGACUCAUUUUUUCAAAUUUUCUGAAAAAUAUUGGAACUUGAUAAUUUGCUGUAAAGGCUAUUUGGCAUGACUUGAC